UUUGAAGUUCUGCUAGUCAGAAUUGUUACUCAGAUGUUCGCUUCUAAGUGGAAAUGGCCUUGACAAGAAGUGAACUCCGUGUUCUAGCCAUACUUGGCUUGGUAAUUUUAAUUUUAUGGUCGUUCUUCGGCUUAUUUUGGAGCCUUCUUCUUGUUUUUUCGUUUCUGAUCUACGCAUAUAACUUCGGAAGGCAUGGAAAUAGAAAAAUUCGGCGAGUUCACGAAGAGGUUGACAGCGAACCAGAUCUAGAUUUGACGUUUCAAGAGAAAUCUAGGGAUGAUUUUCCGGUGCUUCAAGACUUGGAGUUCACUGGUUUACCCACAGACAGAUAUUCGCUGCGAUCACCCACACCUUUAAUGUCUGUCACCAAAAGGCUUAGUUUCAACAUGAGUUCCACAACACCUUUUCACACAAGAAAAGCCUGGAACAGCAGAGAUAUGAAUGGAACUCUGUAUUCAGGGCGAGGAAGUGCCCUUGGAUAUCACCGUAAGCCGCACAAUUUUAGUCUCUUGAAUCCUGCACUGCAGAGGCCAUCCACUGUUAAAAUAGCUUCACCAGAUGUCACAGUUAACAGGACAUUCACAUUAUCCAACAGUCCCUUAAAGAGAGCAGGAGUUGAUGAGAACCCAUGUAGCAGAGUCACUGUCCUCUCUGCACUCAAAGAGAGCAGGAAAAGAAGUUUUGCUGUUUUUGAUGAAGGGGAGGAAGAAGUGUCAAGACCAUCUAAAAGGAGAGAUACCAAGCCAGCAGAAUCUUACCCAUUUAGCAGUCCUCUUCUCAAAGGCCGCAAACGAGUAGCAAUCGCAGAAAGAACUGAAAAAGCAGCUGAUGGGGGCUCUAAGAAGAAAAGCAGAGUUGUAGAUGAUAGUGCAAGUGAUUCUUCUGACAAUGUGCAGAAUGAAAGUUAUGUGGAAGCUGUUACACAGAAGAGGAAAAUUAUGGAAACUGAAAAAGAACCACCAAGUAGUGAAGACAUAACAGAAAGUGUAGAAAAUUCAGGAGAAGACGAAGUUGACUCCUCUAAAGAGAGAAGUAAGAUUUUGGAUAAUGGUUACAAGUCCAUGGAGACUGAACACAAUGAGACACAAAAUGAAUCUGCCUCACGAAAAAGAAAAGAAGCAACCGCAGAAAGAGAUGCAACAAAAACUAAUGAUGACAAAAAUGAGAGCAAGUCAAGGAAGACUAAGGAGUCAGAACCACUGACAGAUAAAGAAGAAGUUAAACGAGGAAAGACUGAGUACGUGAAUGAAGAUGUCAGCUCGGUACUUAAACCUCCGGCAACAAAUGUACAGAAACGAUUUACAGUCCCAAGAUUUGCAUCCAAAGACGAUUCAAGAAGAAGGGCUGUACCAGUUUAUUGUGCUUCUAAUGAAGAAUCUGAGAUGCCCCAAAGAAGAACUGUGUCGAGAAAAAUCAACCAGGAGCAGUUGAAGAUCGAUCGCAAGUUAGCCUGGGAGCGGGUGAAUGAGCUGCUGGGUGGCAGUGAUGAUGAUGAUGAUGAAAGUGAAGCGAAAGAUAAAGAGAAACCAGAUACGACAACGGUUUCUUCAGCUGCGGCUACUUCGACCUCAGCUUCGUUAUUCAAGGUCCCUACUGCAGGUGUUGUGACAAGCAGAGGGACAAUAACUACCACUACUGCCCAGAGCCUUAUCGCCCCAACCCUUGGUUUGGGAGAUCCUCGAAGGACCACAAGUGAUCAGCAGGUCCCUUCAUCAAGUGUUUCUAGUUCCAAUCCCGUAAUGCACGGCAGUGGCACUGCUACGCAAUCCCAAAGUUCUACUUUGCGUGCGUUACUGUCCCAACAGCGACCAGGAGUUGAUUUGUGUUCUAAACCGUCAGGUACACCCGGGCUGUCUACGGCAUUGACAGGUGAAGGAAUAAAAAUUCCUACUUCACAACAGGGAAAGGCUGCUCCCACAAGCUCAUCAAUUGCUCCUGUCCAGUCACAAGCAAACCCAGCGCAAAGUUCGACUGUUACAACAGGACCAGUUUCCUCAGGAUUCCAGCUUUCGUCAUUUCCCUCAUCUGGGGCGUCGCCCUUCGCUAAGCCGGCAACAACUAACCCACCAACUUUGAACACAAAUAAUACUUCUUCCCAAAAAGCUGGGUUUAGUUUCUCCACAGUUUCUUCGUCGAGCGUAUCUGGGAUGCCGCCGUCCAACGCUUCAACCAAUGGGCAAUCACGGUUCAAUUCUUCAGCUUCAAAUAGUACAAAGAUUGUCUUUGGUGAGAAGUCAACACAAAAUACUCAGGUUACGACCUCUGUGAAUUCUUCAAGUACUUUCUUUUUAGGACAAAAUACUUCCCAAACUUCUGGGUCGUUGGCAAGUGGCAAUGUAGCUGCUUCAUUGCAAAGUCCGUUUGGAAAACGAACCGAAACUACGCAAAAUAGCUCUACUCUAACUGCGAUUCCAUCGACAAAUGUAUUUGGGCAGAGUGCCACGGCGCCUCAGAAUUCCCUUGCAUCAACAACCCAAAACAAAGGCACGUUUGGUGUAAGUAACAUGCAACCUGUAACAGGACAACAAGGUCAAACUUCGUUUGGUUCUGCCUUCGGUGCGAAUGGCUUUGGGGGCAAGCCUUCACAAAACACUCCUCAAACUUCAGGUUUCACACAAAGUCCGUUUACCCAGAACACAUUUGGCCAGAAUGCUUCCCAGAGUGCGUUUGGAGCGAAUCCUACCCAUGGUGCCUUUGGAGUGCAACAGCAAAACCAGCCAGCUUCUUCAAAUACGUUUGGAGCGCAAAACGCGAACAGUUCUCUAAACGCAAGUCAAAAGACUCCUCAAAGUGGUUUGGGUGCUCAGCAUUUGCAAAAUACUUUUGGUUCACAGCAGAAAACAACACAAAAUAUUUUCGGAAACCAGGCGAAUCAAAAUGUAUUUGGACCGAAUCCAAAUCAAAGUAGUGCCCAAAAUGCUUUUGGUACCCAAUCGACACAGUUUAACUUUGGAACUCAGCCAAACCAAAAAACUACCCAAGGUGCUUUUGGACAAGCUCCUAGCCAGAAAUCAUCUCCGUUCACUUUUGCUGCAAAUACGUCGCAAAACGCUUCCAAGUCCCCUUUCAAUGGGUUUGGAAACAGUGCCGGUGCCCAGAACACCUUUGGAGCAGCGCCUUCCCAGAAUGCUGCGGCUUCUAGUGGAUUUAGUUUCAAUGCAAAUGCGACGGCAAAUAACCCAACACCCGGGGGUUUUAAUUUCAGUGGCGCUGCGAACAAAACAGGAGGAUUUCAAUUUGGCUCUUCAGCGGGUAACAGUAGCUUCGGGCAGUUUGGCCAAGCAACAGCUCCACCUGCGGCUGUGCCCGCGACACCUGCGCCCAGUGGGGGUUUCAACUUCGCCCCAGGUGGUGCGUCGGGAAGUCGUUUUGCCGCACCCACACCUGCACCAGCAUUUGGGGCGCCGAGCACUCCGCAAGGGGCAGGCAGCAACUUGACGGCAAGAUCAAGGGUUCGCACAGCGGCCCGGAGAAGGGGGAAGAAAUAACCGCUUGCGGAAAAUUGAAAAAUUGGCGCUGAAGAGAUGAUCAUGAAUACAUGGGCAUUAAGGCUCACUGUACACGUUUCGAAGGUGAGAGUGAUUCACUGAAAUGGUCGGAAAGUCAUUAUGUAAUGCUGCUUUCCUGAAAAAGAAGGAUGUUACCGUGCUUCUCAGGUUAAUUGGAGGGUGUAGAGUUUGCGUAUCACAAUCAGGGUGAAUCCACUGGGAGAAGAACUGGAAUCUAUGAAAGUGGUAACGAACGACUUUGCAAGCGUUACGUUUUGCUGUUAAACAUACCAUAAUCCAUUUUUCGUGGCGACGCUGGCUGUUGUAAAGAAAAGCGACUCGCAAAUGGCAUAUAUAAUCUCUCUGUUUUAAUUGGACGAAAGAAACUCGGCCAUAUUGAUUUACCCAAUGAUAGAUGUAUAUAGAGAUUGCAGAAGUAGUGUUAGCUGUUCAAAUUGAUAUUUUGGAUCAAUAAAUGAAUUUUUACUUGCA